AAAUUGAAACACCUGAGUUCAAUGAAAAUGAUACAAGUAUAGACAGCAAUGAAGUUGAAAAAUCUGAUUCAGAAUGUGAAAAGGAAAAUGAAUUUCCUGCUUCUUUCUUUAGAUGUCGAAAACGUAUGCGAAUUUGUUCAAGCUCUGAAAGUGAUAACGAAACCAGCAACGCUAAUAUAACGCGUAAAGAUGUACACAUUGCAAGUGAUGGAACUGUUUGGAAAGAAAUUCAAAAAGGUGGUUGCGCUGGUAGAUCACCUUCACAUAAUAUUUUCAAGGCUACUUCAGGACCAACUGCUUACACCAAGCGGAAUAUAAUAUCAGGUCAAGUUAGUAGCGCGUUUAUGUUACUAAUUGAUAAUCGCAUGAUAGAGCAUAUUAAAAAUUGCACAGAAACAGAAGCACAAAAUGUUUUAGGUAAUCAUUGGACAACAAGCAUUGAUGAAUUAUAUGCUUUUAUAGCGAUUUUAUAUGCUAGGGGAGCAUAUGAAUCAAAAAAUAUGAAAAUAUCAUAUUUGUGGUCAAAAAAAUGGGGACCUCCUUUUUUCAAAAGUACAAUGAGUAGAAACAGGUUCACGGAAAUUUUGCGCUUCAUUCGAUUUGAUAAAAAAAAUGAAAGAAGUAGUCGUUUACAAGUAGAUAAAUUUGCACUAGUUUCCGAAACAUGGAAUGCAUUUAUGAAUAAUAGUCAAAACUGCUACAAACCGGGUUCUUCUCUUACCAUAGACGAACAACUUUUUCCAACCAAGGCAAGAUGUAGGUUUACGCAAUACAUGCCAAAUAAACCUUCUAAAUUUGGGAUAAAGUUUUGGUUGGUAACCGAUGCUGAAAAUAGAUAUGUACUAAAUGGUUUUCCAUACCUAGGAAAAGAUAAUUUACGAAUAUCAUCGACACCUUUACAUGAAUAUGUGGUUCUAAAGCUUGUUGAACCUUAUUUAGGUUGCGGAAGAAUUGGAACUCUGCGAAGUAAUAAAAAAGAAUUACCACAAAUAGCAAAAGUAAAAAAAGAUAACAUGGCUCGGUAUGAAACUAUACUAUUAAAGUCUGAUAAUAUAGUUCUCACUAUUUACAAAUCAAAGCCUGCGAAAAAAGUAUUAGUUCUAAGUUCCAAACAUACCAACGUGAAGAUUGCCGAAAAUUAUAAACUUUUACCAGAAACUGUCGAAUUCUAUAACAAAACUAAGUUCGGAGUAGAUGUUAUUGACCAAAUGGCUCGGAAGUACAGUGUAAAAGCAAGUUCCCGUAGAUGGCCAUUGCAAGUUUUCUAUAAUAUUUUAGAUUUGGCAGGAAUCAAUGCCUGGAGCUUAUACAAGGAUAUUACUGGCGAAAAUAUAACGAGAAAACAAUUUUUAUACCAAUUAUGUGAAGAACUCGCUGAUAAAUAUACACAUAAUAAAAUGCUGAAAUCCUCGCAGCCAGAAAAAUGGAGUAUAAUAGAGACCAUGAAAUCUACUUCGGAACAUCCUAAAGAAGAUAUGCAGCGAAAAUCUUGU